UACUGCUUAUAAUGAAUGGAAGUCAACAAAAAAUCUGCACAAAGCUGUCAAGCACAUACUUAAGAAAAUGGUGGAUAACCAUUGCAAUUGGAGUUUGCUUCCUAAUUUUUGGCAUUCUAGUCACAUUUAAAUUUUCAUCAAUUGUUAAUAUAGCAAUCGAUCAUCAGGUAUCAUUAAGAUCGGAAGGUCAAUCUUUCGGUUGGUGGGCAAAACCACCUGUGGAGCCAAGAAUAAACAUUUAUGUAUAUAAUGUAACGAAUGCAAAUGAAUUCCUUAAUAAUGGCUCAAAACCCUUACUAAGCGAAGUAGGACCAUAUGUUUACACGGAGUCGUGGGAAAAAGUGAAUAUUAUUGAAAAUUCUAAUGGAACUAUAUCCUAUAAUAUGAGAAAAAUAUAUGUGUUCCGUGAAGAUCUUUCAAGUGGAUUUGAAGAAGAUGUUGUUGUUGUACCAAAUAUUCCAAUGCUUAGUGCAACGUCCCAAAGUAAACAUGCAGCAAGAUUCUUAAGACUUGCAAUGGCCAGUAUAAUGGAUAUAUUAAAAAUUAAACCAUUUGUUCAAGUUUCAAUUGGACAAUUAUUAUGGGGAUAUGAAGAUCCAUUAUUGAAACUUGCAAAAGAUGUUGUUCCAAAAGAACAGAAACUUCCUUAUGAAGAAUUCGGACUUAUGUAUGGUAAAAAUGGAACAUCAAUGGAUCGUGUCACAAUUUUUAAUGGAGUUGAAGAUAUAACUCAAUAUGGUAUAAUUGACAAAUACAAUGGACAUGAGCAGCUUCAUCAUUGGCUAUCUGAUGAAUGUAAUCUUUUAAAUGGUACUGAUGGCUCUAUUUUUCCACCACACAUCGAAACCGAUCGCGUUCUUCAUAUAUACGAUAAAGACCUUUGUCGCCUUUUACCAUUAGUAUUCGAAAAAGAAGUUGAAACUAAGGGAGGCAUUAGAGGAUUCCGUUUUUCGCCACCAUCCAAUGUUUUUAAUGAUAUGGAAAGUAAUCCUGAUAAUGCAUGCUUCUGUCCAGGAGGACCCGAAUCCUGUCCACCUAAUGGUUUAUUUAACGUUUCGCUUUGCCAAUAUGAUUCUCCAAUUAUGUUAAGUUUUCCACAUUUCUACUUAGCUGAUGAGAGCUUACUAGAAGCUGUUGAAGGUAUCACACCACCAGAAAAAGAAAAACAUGAAUUUUUCAUCGAUAUUCAACCCGACAUGGGAACAACUUUAAGAGCUAGAGCUCGAAUUCAAAUUAAUUUAGCAGUAAGUCAAGUGCUUGAUAUCAAACAAGUUGCUAAUUUUCCCGACAUCAUAUUCCCGAUUCUAUGGUUCGAAGAAGGAAUUGAUCAAUUACCCGAUGAAAUCACAAACUUGAUGAAUUUCGCAGCAACUGUCCCUCCGGCGGCGCGUGUUCUGCUGUUAAUUGUUUUCUUCGCACUCGGCGCAUUACUUUUGGCUCUCGCAGUAUUUUGUUUAAUCAGAAAGUCACACAGGCAAAGUACUUUGCAUUUGGAGGGAUCAAAUUAUUUGGCAACAGCCCAAAUAGACCUUGAAAAGAAAAGAGCUAAAGAAACAACAAAAUAUUAAUAAUAAAAUAGUUUUUAAUAUUAUAUAUGAAGUGGUUUCGGGAGAGAACUUAAUUAAAUUGAACUAAAUGAUCGAGAUGUAUGAUAUACAUUUGGGUACAUAGGUAUACUGUGAUGUGACUUAUAGUCAGUUGAUAUAUAUACACUAAAAAAAUAUGUAUAUAUAUUUAUACAUCUUUAUAUAUAUAUAUAUAUAUUUAUAUGUAUGUAUAUAUAUAUAUUUCAUUUGGGAAUAAUUAGCAUGUAUGUAUAAGUAAAUACACAUAACUUUGAUACACACAAUAUUAUAUGUAUUGUAUUAUAGCAUUUUAAAACAUCAGAUAUAAUUAAUCAGUAAAACUUAACAAGGUUAAAUAUAUGAACAACUUUUAAACAAAUUUAAUAUAUAUAUACAUAUAUAUGUAAGUAAAAAUUUUUUUAGGGUUUUCUUAAUUUUAUGAGAACUAUAUAUAAGAUCGCAUUUAGAAUAAAAUAUUUAUAAAUGCAUCCAAAAGCGUAUUAGAUAAGAAAAAUUAUUUAUAAGAAUUGGUGGAGCUGUUAAUAUGUAUGUACAUAAAUAUUAAAUAAAAACAUAAAUUCU